CAGCUGUCUGAUCAGUCGUUGUAGGUGGCAGCACCGCAUCACGUGAAUUUUCAUGGCGCUGAAGGGCUAGUCCCGAAUUGUCUUGUGAUUUCGCCAAAUUAUUUGCUGUUUCGAAUAUUUAUUGUUAAACAGCAUUAUACUUUAAGUUCUAGUGGUGAAAAUGUCGGAGUACUGGGUAAUCAGUGCGCCAGGCGACAAGACGUGCCAGCAAACAUGGGACACCCUGAACAAUGCCACCAAAUCUGGCAACCUUAGUGUCAACUACAAAUUCCCUAUUCCUGACCUGAAGGUCGGAACUCUGGAUCAGUUGGUCGGGUUGUCCGAUGAUCUGGGUAAGCUCGAUACCUUCGUUGAAGGUGUCACAAGGAAGGUGGCUCAGUACCUUGGUGAGGUACUUGAAGAUCAGCGCGACAAGCUCCAUGAAAACUUGAUGGCAAACAACAGUGACCUGCCCACGUACCUAACCCGCUUCCAGUGGGAUAUGGCCAAGUACCCCAUCAAGCAGAGCCUCCGUAACAUCGCUGACAUCAUCAGUAAACAGCUGGGCCAGAUCGACGCGGAUCUGAAGGUCAAGUCGUCCGCCUACAACGCACUCAAGGGCAACUUGCAGAACCUGGAAAAGAAACAAACUGGCAGCUUGCUGACCCGCAACCUGGCGGACCUGGUGAAGAAGGAGCAUUUCAUCCUUGACAGCGAGUACCUGACCACGCUGCUCGUCAUCGUGCCCAAGUCGAUGUUCAACGACUGGAACGCCAACUAUGAAAAGAUCACAGACAUGAUCGUGCCGCGCUCUACGCAGCUUAUCUACCAGGACAACGACUACGGCCUAUUCACCGUCACGCUCUUCAAGAAGGUCGUCGAAGAGUUCAAGCUGCACGCUCGCGAGCGCAAGUUCGUCGUUCGCGAGUUCUCGUACAACGAGGCCGACCUGGCUGCAGGCAAGAAUGAGAUCACCAAGCUCGUUAUUGACAAGAAAAAGCAGUUCGGUCCCCUGGUGAGGUGGUUGAAGGUGAACUUCUCCGAAUGCUUCUGCGCCUGGAUCCACGUCAAAGCCCUCCGUGUGUUCGUCGAAUCGGUGCUAAGAUACGGCCUCCCCGUGAACUUCCAAGCCGUAGUGCUGGUGCCCGCCCGCAAGAGCGUGAAGAAGCUACGCGACGUGCUGCAACAACUCUAUGCGCAUCUGGACCACUCCGCACAGCAUCACGGAUCCAGCGCGCAGGACAGCGCAGAGCUGGCCGGGCUCGGCUUCGGCCAAUCGGAAUACUACCCGUACGUGUUCUACAAGAUCAACAUCGACAUGAUAGAGAAGGCGGCCUAGGCUGCACGCGACUAUUACUGUUAGGUAUAUAUUUGUUACCAGGUUGCGCAUAGCUCUGCCGGAGGCCCUAAGCAAUAGUUGCAAUCUUCGUUGUACAAUAUAUUGUUUUAUUUCACAAAUAUCAAAUUGUAAACACAAAUUAUAUUUUACCAAACCCUUGGUUCCCUUGUAAAAAAAAUCGUAUAUUAUAUAUUUCCAAUAUAUUUUUCUAUGUACAGAUUUUUUGAUGUUUUAAUAAUCUACAUUUUGAUUUUUUUGACAUUUUAAUUUUGUGUGUUAAAUAUUAUGAAGCAGGUUGUUGAAAUAGGAAUUUGUCCUGUUUAUAUGUAUGUUAUUUAUAAAUAAAUAAGAUGCCAUUGAAUAGAAGUUGUAACGCAAUAAUUCUCUGUGUAAAAGCUUUGCUUGAAACGGUUUACUUGAAAUUCUUGUAAACGUCACAACAUAAUUUAUUUCCAGUAUUAUUUAGUUGCGUUCGACACAGUAGUUUAAUGUAUAUCAAUCCGAUGGUAACUGUAAAAUAAAUGUUCAAUAAAAUAAUUAUAUUGGAGUUAAUGAAAUGCAAAAGCUAUGUAAAUAAGAACAUUCCUCAUUAUAACUCGUGUAGUACAUAAUAAAAAUAUUAUUCAAGUUACUGUUU